UGGCCCGGAAGUGCUUUACUUACAUUGCCAACAUUACACUCGGCUAGUUGGCGAUCAGCGUUGGUUGAUACUGCGGAAUAGGUGGCAAACUAGAUGGGUUUACAGCGACAAAACAGUGUCGCUUAUUUAGGAAUCACAAUGCCAUUAAGCGCAGCCUGAGAUUAGAGAAGUGUGCUUUGACAGACAUUCACAGAUCUGUUGAUUUAUGUCUUUAAUCGCAGACCGAUUGUUAUGAUUUUAGCCUUAGCUAAGUGUGACGUGAUUCUGUGUGAUUAAAGUUGAGCAACAUCGCUGUGAUAAUCGAUCAGGUCAAUGUACCAAGAGUUCCAAACCGCCUUUACAGCAGGUCAGCAGUGGAUGUUCGUGUUUAAUCGUGUGAUCUGUCAGGAUAGAUGCCUACAGUUGAGAAGCUAACCGGCUAAUAUACCAAUCCAAGUAAGAAGGAUCUGCUGACACCAGACAUCGGCCGAUUGUACCGGAUUCGUUGUUAAACUCUAAAGUGAUUCUCAAACUGAAACAGCGGUGUAUCGUUAGCUGAAAUGGAUGACUUCAGCUCCAUCAGUCUGCUGUCUCUGGCUAUGCUAGUCGGCUGCUAUGUGGCUGGAACUAUUCCCCUGGCUGUCAACUUCUCUGAGGAGAAGCUCAAGCUGGUGACAGUGUUGGGAGCCGGGCUGUUGUGUGGCACUGCUCUGGCUGUCAUUAUUCCAGAGGGAGUUCACGCACUCUAUGAGGAAAUGCUGGAAGGUGGGCACCACCAUGGCCACGGGCAGUUGGAAACAGAAGUUUCUGAACAGAAGGUUGUAGAAGGAGUUGUGGGAAAAAGUGCUGAACACGGGCACGGUCAUGGUCACGAGCAGCUCCACGCUUAUAUUGGCGUCUCUCUGGUGUUGGGCUUCGUCUUCAUGCUGUUGGUGGAUCAGAUCGGCAGUUCUCACAUGCACAGCAGUGAUGAUCCAGAAGCAGCAAGAGCUGCUAGCUCUAAGGUCACCACCACACUUGGAUUGGUCGUUCAUGCUGCAGCUGAUGGUGUUGCUCUUGGAGCGGCUGCAUCCACAUCUCAGACCAGUGUCCAGCUCAUUGUAUUUGUGGCCAUUAUGUUGCAUAAGGCACCUGCUGCAUUUGGGCUCGUCUCUUUCCUCAUGCAUGCGGGUUUAGAAAGAAACCGUAUCCGGAAACAUCUAUUAGUCUUUGCCUUGGCUGCCCCUGUUUUGGCCAUGCUCACCUACGUAGGACUCAGUCAGAGCAGUAAAGAAGCGUUAUCCGACGUCAACGCCACCGGCGUGGCCAUGCUUUUUUCCGCCGGCACCUUCCUGUACGUAGCCACGGUGCACGUCCUGCCUGAAGUGGGCGGCAUGGGCGGCCACAGCCACUCGCCCGGAGGCAGCGCAGGGAAGGGACUGAGCAAAGUGGAGGUUGGAGCUCUGGUUCUAGGCUGUCUGAUACCUCUGGUGCUGUCCAUCGGCCACCAGCAUUAGUGUUCUCCACUUGAAGCAACGUCUGAAAAGUGUAAAUGGGACUUUGAACAGUGCUGGCCAAACAACAGCCUCACAGAUGUGGUUUGAAUCAUGCCUCUGUCAGUUUAUCCAAGUUGGCGGUUGGAGCGAACGCAGGAACUUUGCAGUCAGGAUCAAGAUUUGAGAAGCGCCUAUGGACUUCUGGAAUGGGCUGCUCUGCCCCUCCACAAAGCCCUGUGGGCUGACCGCUUACGAUGACCAUACACAAAUAAACGCGAUAAUGUGUCCACCUCUUAAUUUUAUGUUUUCUUCAGUGGUGCUGGUUUAAAAGAUUCGAUUGUUGUUGGGUAGUCAUAUAUGCUUUAAAUUUGGUAUUCUGUUCUAUCUAGUUUUUAUAUGAAACAUGUCCAUGAAACUUUUAAAAGAUGAACCAGCACAGUUGUGCCCAUUUACAGUGAUUAAAAAAUGUUUAGAUACUGUACAUACAUUAAAUUCAUAGGUCUUUAGAAAUUAUUUUGAGUCUGUCCCCCUUUUUCUACAAUAUUGAUUAGUUAUUUUAAACUUUUUAUUUCUUUUUUUUCUUUUUUUGUAGUUUGAUUAAUGACAAUAGUUUUACUCUGUAUUCCAUUAAUUAAUAUGGGAACAUACACUGAUGUACAGGGCUUUUUCCCCCUCUUACAAACUUGGCUACCGCUAAAAUUAUUCUCCGCUUAUGUAGUAAUUUAUUCAAAAAAUUUCAUGAUGUAUAUGGUUAUUGGACAAAUAUGGCUCUUUUGCCAGUGGAAUUUUAAAUAUUUAAAUCUUUGAAAGGACUUUUGUUUUUGUGGUUAAUUAUUUUUUUUUUUUUUUUUUUUUGGUUAUUAUUAAACAACACUUGAAAAGUUUUUUGUCCAAAGGCUUGCAGGUGGACAUUGUUCUGUUGAAUUCAGUGCAUGUACAGCUUUAUAAUUUGACUUUAACCCUUUUAUUUUCAAACCUAACUGAUUGUUAAUCUUGAAAAAAGGAUUUCAUUGGUCAUUCGGAUGUUUUGUACUGUGAUGCCUGCUCAGAGCAGAGCCUGUGUACUGUAAAUAUGUAUUCUCUGUAUAAAUGACAAACAAAAAUACCCUAUUUGACAUCCUGUUUGACACCCAGAGUAGUUUCUAGUGUCAUUUUAGCUUAUAUAAUGAGGGGGAAAGAAAGAUGGUUUUUAAAUGAAUGAAAUUGAUACUUCUGUUUUUAUAUGGGUCUUAUUCUUUGUCUUGACUAAAGAGAGUUUGAGGUCAUUUGGAAAGAUUGCAUGGUGAAUUUCUGGUUUGGUCACUUUAAGGUUUUAGGUUUGAAGGAACGAUCUACGAACAGGAAAGCUGCUGUGUUCCUCACCAAGUUACUUAACGUUGCCUCUGAAGCUUGAAUAAGAAAAUGUUAUUAGACUUUUGGGGCCAACUUGGACACCAGCAACAUCCUAUGGUCCUGGUUUACAAAGUGUUGCUGUCUUGCUCUGACAGUCAUAGUCUGUAUGAAAGAUGUUUUAGUGCUUUUAGCUCUCUAGCGCCCUCAUCUUACCGUAGUGCACAAGCGCAGCAUCAACCUCAAGUUGUG